AUUAGUAAAAGUGAAAGAGUCUUUCCUUCUCCUUCUGCUGUUCUUCCGAUUUGUGUAUGUAUAUAUGUAACAAUCUUGUUGGGUUGUUGAGCAUACCAGUUUUGAAUAUCAUUAUGAGUCAAUCGUCAAAGCCCAUUUUUUAACAUGGAAAUGUGUUUUAACUCUUGACUAAACUGAAGCUCUUUCCCCUCUUUUUCUUGGUUGCCGACUUGGUUUUUGGACAGUUUUAAGGGGAAUAAAAAAAAAAAACUGAAAAUCAACAACUUAUACAAGGUGGGGUUUUUGUGGAUGUCGAAAGUAGGUCCCCCAUGUAAUUCAGUUUUUCUGGGUCAUCAGGUCUUUAAUAUUGGUUCUUUUAUUUACUUGUUUUUUUAUUUAAUUUUUUUUACGUGUGUUUAAGAGUUUGAGAGCUUCAAAAAGUCCAUAAGAAGAUCAUGCAUUUUUAUUUGAAUACCACCUUAUAACCAUUUAAGAAAACCUUGCCUUUUUUUCUAUGAUGACAAAAGGCUUGUAGCUUUUUUCAAAUGAAAUAUUGAGUACCGCCUUAUUGUUAUUACUAUUAUUUAUACAAGAUUUCUCUCUCUUGCUUUAGCUUUCCCUUUUUUCUUUCUCAUGAAAGUGAGAUUUCUGAUUCAGAAUCAGCACCACCAAAAGGGAAAGUGAUUUUUUAUCAGUCUAGUUGUGGUCUUCCACUUAUGAAACAAGAUCAGUGUUUAGCUUCUUCUUCUCUUUCUUCUCUAUACCAUUUUUUCAGCUCCAAAUUUGGGAAAACCCAUCUGGGAUUAUGUGUUUUGUCUUGAAUUUGAGGCGAAAGACAUGAACUUGCUGAUGUUUUGUGGGAGAUUUCCAUAGAGAUUGCCUGAUUCAGGUUCUGAGAAAUGAAGAUUUAGGACCUGAAAACAAGAAGUUGAGUGGUGGGGUGUUUCUAUUUUAUCUCUUUAUUUAUUUGUUUGUCUUUUCAAAUCAAAAUCUUUGAGCUUGAAUAUGGCUACUGGGCUCCAAAACGAGGAGAAAGUGCCAGAGAACUUAAAGAAACAGCUUGCUCUUGCUGUGAGAAGCAUCCAAUGGAGUUAUGCCAUCUUCUGGUCCAUUUCAGCAAGACAACCAGGGGUGUUGGAAUGGGGUGAGGGUUAUUACAAUGGAGAUAUUAAGACAAGGAAAACAGUCCAAGCUGUGGAACUAAAUGCUGACCAAAUAGGUCUGCAAAGGAGUGAGCAAUUGAGGGCCCUUUAUGAGUCACUCUCUGCAGGUGAAGCCAACCCACAAGCUAAAAGGCCCUCUGCAGCAUUAUCUCCUGAAGAUCUCUCUGAUACAGAGUGGUAUUACCUGGUUUGCAUGUCAUUUGUCUUCAAUACUGGUCAAGGAUUGCCAGGAAGAACACUAGCAGAUGGUCAACCAAUCUGGCUAUGCAAUGCUCCUUUUGCAGAUAGCAAAGUAUUUAGCCGUUCUCUGCUGGCAAAGAGUGCAUCAAUUCAGACUGUGGCAUGCUUUCCAUUUUUGGGAGGUGUGAUCGAGCUGGGCGUGACUGAUCUGGUUGUGGAGGACUAUGCUCUCAUUGACCAAGUUAAGAUGUCACUUUUGGAGAUUCCGUACACCAAAUCUUCUAAGAAAUCCGACCUUGGUGCAGACAAAGGUUUUGCGGGUGUACCAACUCCAGUUGUAGGAGGAGAAGAAAUAAAUAUGUCUUCUCCUAGUCCCAGUUCUAAUGGGUUGGAACCAAAUCAGCCAACUGAAGAUUCUUUUAUGGUGGAAGGAAAAAAUGGGGCGGCUUCCCAAGUACAAAGCUGGCAAGUUAUGGAUGAUGAAGUCAGUAAUUGUGUCCCUCAAUCUAUGGACUCAAGUGACUGUAUAUCGCAAACUCUAGUAGAACCCGAGAAGGUUGCUCUCAGUUCUAAGCGUGAAACGGCACAAGAUCAUCGAGUAAAGGACCUUAAAGAGUGCAAUCAAACCAAAAUUUCUUCACUGGAUUUGCGAAGUGAAGACAUACAUUAUAAGGGCGUUAUUUCGACUCUCUUCAAGAGCUCACACCAGUUAAUUUUGGGGCCUAACUUUCAGAACCUUCAUCAGGGGUCCAGCUUCAUCAGUUGGAAGAAAGGACGAGUUGCGAAGAAACCAAGAGGUGGAGCUUCACAGAAGUUAGUUAAGAAGGUCUUGUUUGAAGUUCCUCGGAUGCACGUUAAGCGCAUGGUAGAUUCGGCUGAAGAUAACGGCAAUAAGAAUGGGGCUUGGAGACCAGAAGCUGAUGAAGUAGGAGUUAACCAUGCAUUGUCUGAGAGGAGGAGAAGGGAAAGAUUAAAUGAAAAAUUCUCAAUUCUAAAAACGAUGAUUCCUUCAUUAACCAAGGAUGACAAAGUAUCUAUACUUGAUGAUGCAAUAGAAUAUCUGAAAGAGCUAGAGAGAAGGAUUGAGGAGUUGGAAUCUUGCAGGGAGUUGGAAGACUUAGAACCAAAAACAAGGAGAAAACCCCAAGAUGCCAGAGAGGGAACAUCUGAUAACUACGGAAACAAGAAAAAUGAUAAGGCGAAGAAGCCAUCAGUGAACAAGAGGAAGGCUUGUGACAUGGAGGAAGUGGGGCCAUACACGAAUCACACAGUGUCAAAGGAUAGCUCAGCUGAUAGUAUAGCUGUUAGUAUGAAGAACAAAGUUGUCAUAAUUGAGAUCAGAUGUCCAUGGAGGGAGGGAUUGUUGCUAGAAAUCAUAGAUGCCUUGAGCAAUCUCCAUUUAGAUUCUCACUCGGUUCAAUCUUCCACUGUCGACGGGAUCAUUUCCUUAAUUAUUCAAUCUACGGUAUGAAGAUUGAGUUUUAACUUUAUAAGCAAGAGCUUUUUCUUUGUCAUGU